AGUGGCAGAGAGAGAGAGAGAGAGAGAGAGAGAGAGAGAGAAAUGCGCUAGUCCUGCGUUCUUACAGACGCUCAGUCCGUCCUGGCGGGGAAUAUUGGAUGCUGCCCAUAAUGCCUUGCUGCCCUGCUGCCCUGAGGUAAUGGGACCUUUGUAUUAGAGCUUUGAGGGACUGAGACUCUGGUGCACACAGCUUGCAGCUUGCUGCCGGACACUGUUGACUGAACCAGGAAGAACCUGGAUUAGAAAGGUUGCGUCCCGUGCGGGGUUUGUGAUGCCGGGAUUGGCUGCGCCUUAAUCGCCUGGUCCUCUCAGUGCCGAAGAGUUCCGCGGCUCGGCCAUGGCGUCGGUGGCGGACUUCCUGUCCGUGUCCGAGUGGCUGACCGUGCUGCGGCUGGAGCAGUACGCCCAUGCCUUCCAGGGCGUCGGCUACGGCACGCUGUCCGAGUGCCGCAGCCUGACCCCCGGCGACCUGGAGCAGGUGGGCGUGGUCCUGCCGGGCCACCAGAAGCGCAUCUUGGCCAGCCUGCAGAAGAUGUUCUCGGAGGGGCAGGAGGGCGACAGGCCCAUCCCGCGGGAGAGGACCACCUUGCGCUCUCCCUCCCACUCGAGCGGCCGUGAGGGUGCCGAGGGCCAGGGGCCGGCGCAGUCCCGCAGCCCUAAAUACCCCGAUCGCUGCCCCGCCCCUCCCCCUAUCCCACCCAGGGUCACCACAAACCAACCCCCUGUCAAGUUCACCCCAGCACCUGUUCCCCGGUCACGCCCGGAGACCCUGCUGCUCCAGCCCCUCGAGCAGCAGCAUCCACCCCCUGUCUCCCUGUCCCCAUCAACGUCUUCCUCCUCUUCCUCAUCCUCUGCCUCAGAGCAGGCGCCUCACAGCGAGCAGUGUUCCACCUCGGGACAGGGGGACAUGGUAGUGCCACCGCUGCCACCCAAAUGCUACCCUGUGGCAGCCUCCAGAGAGCCCCGUGGCCCUCCUCCAUUGCCGCGGCGCCCCCCUAUCCCCGCUCCCAGAAUUGUGGUGCCCAAGACUCCACCCACACCCAGCGUCGCUCCGGUGCGCGAGCCUCAGGAGCCCGAGCGAGGUCCGGACGUCCCGGCCCGGGAUAAGGUGGCCAGCCAGCCCAGCACCGUGCCCGCCCUGCCCAAGAGGAGCGUCCUGCCGCCGCCCCCACAAUCCAGAUCUGACUCCACCAACAGCUCUGAGGACUAUGAGGAGCCAGAACCACUCUUCUUUGAGCCUGUAGACAUGGCAGAGAAGGACAGUUUUCUGCUUGUGCCGAGGCCGGAGCCGAAACGCUUCAGCAGUCUCUGCAGCGAAGACGAGCUCCUGGAUGACGACGGCGAAACGCCCUACGAGUCUGCAGCCUGCCGCCAGAGGUCUUGGGUCAUUUCCAGACUUAGUGCUGACCAGGAGAGCAUCUACCUACCCCCAGUGGGGAGGGUCCCCUCCCAGGACACCCGAGAUGACCUCACGCCUCAGCUCACUGCUGUUAUCAAAAUGGGCUGGCUGGACAAGAACCCGCCUCAGGGGUCCCUGAUCUACCAGAAGCGCUGGGUGAAACUGGACGCGGACUACCUGAGAUACUUUGACAGUGAGAAGGAUGUCUACUCAAAGAGGAUCAUACCAACGUCCUCAAUCACCGGCAUCACCAACAUUGGUGACCAGAAGUUUGAGGUGGUGACACACAACAGGACAUUCCUCUUCCGGGCCGAGAGCGACGUGGAGAGAAACGAGUGGGCGUCGGUCCUCCAGGAGGCGACGAGCGAGCGGCGUAUGAGCAGGGAUUCCAGCACCGGGGCGGUGGAGAGGCAGGGCUACCUGGAGCUGCGCGGCCUGCGCUCCAAGCUCUACGUGGUCGUGUGCGGAGACAAGGUCUACCUGUACAAGAACACCGAGGACUACAAAGUGGGCAUUGGCAUCACGUCCAUCGACAUGAACGUGGGCAAUGUGAAGGACAUGGACAAGAGGGCUUUUGACCUCACCACUCCUUACAGAAUAUUCAGCUUUGUUGCAGAGUCGGACCAGCAGAAGGAGGAGUGGGUAGAGGCCAUGAGGAACUCCAUUGGGGAGGCCCUGUCCAACUACGAGGUGGCCAAGAAGAUCUGGUCUGAGGAGUCCAAUGAGUUCUGUGCUGACUGUGGUGCUGCCAAACCAGAGUGGGCUGCUAUUAACCUGUGUGUGGUGUUCUGCAAGCGCUGCGCAGGGGAGCAUCGUGGUCUUGGACCCAGCAUCUCCAAAGUUCGGAGUCUGAAAAUGGACAAGAAAGUCUGGACAGAGGAGCUCAUUCAGGUGUUCCAGUUGCUAGGAAACGAGCGGGCGAACCACUUCUGGGCGGCGAACGUUCCCCCCAGUGAGGCCUUGUCUCAGUCCAGCUGCAGUGAGGACCGCCGGCGAUUUAUCACCGCAAAGUACCGCGAGGGAAAGUACCGCCGCUACCACCAGCUCUUUGGCAACCAGCAGGAGCUGGACAACGCCCUGUGCAUCAACGUCCAGACCAAUGAUGUGCUGGAGACUCUCUCCCUUGUGUUCUGUGGAGCCAAUGUGAACUGUGACACAGGAAACCCAGAAUUCCCCACUCCCAUUGCCCUGGCCCAGAGCUACAACCAGAAACUGCAAGUGGAGUUCCUGAGCCAGAACCGGAACGCAGAGAUUCCAAGGUCAGAGGUUGGAGGUCACAUGGACACAGUGCACUAUAUGGCCCCGCCCUCCAUCACGCACAAUGGGUUUCUCUUCAAGACCGCCUCCAUGGGACGACCAAUCACGGAGCGGAAAGCCAAAGAAGAGUUCAGUCGGCGGUGGUGUACUUUGAAUGAUGGGCAUUUUAACUAUUAUGAGAGUGACAAGAAUUCCACCCCCAAUGGAGGUCUGAAGAUGAAGGAAAUUGUCUGCCUUGUGGUCAAUCCACCAGAGAAACACGGUUAUGAUCACACGUUUGAGAUCUACACUGACUCUGAGCGAGUGUACCUGUUUGGAACAGACAACCCAGACUCCAUGAGGGAGUGGGUGAAAUCCAUUGCCAAGUCAUUCAUGCCGUCCAGUGCCGAGGAACUGCUGAACCGGGACUUUGAGCGGGUGGGCCGGCUGCGGUACAAGGACGGGCUGAACCUGCAGAGCUCCCGGGUGGGCUGGUUUGCCCUGGUGGGCUCUACGCUGUUCGCCUGCUUCGAAGACAGCGAGGGAGAAGAGGCCAUUCACCUGCGCAAGCUGCACGAGCUCUCUAUCCAACAGGAAAAUGAAGUGCUUGUUUUGGUGGAGAGAGGGAGGACCUUGUACAUUGAGGGUGAGCGAAAGCUGGACUUCUUGGGCUGGUCCAUGGCCAUCCAGCGUGCAGCUGGGAGUUCGGGGGACACCCUGUCCCAGCAGCAAUUGACGGAGGCGGACAUUCCCGUCAUAGUGGACCGCUGCAUCGACUACAUCACACAGUGCGGCCUGACGUCUGAAGGGAUCUACCGAAAGAGUGGCGUGAACUCCAAGAUCGCCGCCCUGCUGGAGACAUUUCGCCGGGACGCGCGCUGCAUGCGACUGAAGGAAGGGGAACACCAGGUGGACGACGUGUCAAAUGUGCUGAAGAGGUUCUUCAGAGACGUGGAGGAGGGCAUUUUCACCUCCCAGGCCACGCCCCACUGGCUCAGCACGACAGCUAUCGGGGAGCAGAGCAAAAAGAUUGCACAGUACCAGUUCCUGUUCAAUAGCCUGCCCAGGGUCAACAAGGCCACUCUACGAGCCCUUGUUAAUCACCUCUACUGCGUCCAGCGCUUUGCGGACAUGAAUCAGAUGAACCUGCACAACCUGGCCAUUGUUUUUGGCCCCACCCUCUUCCAGGCGGAUGGCAAGGACUACAAUGCUGGUCGAGUCAUUGAAGAGCUGAUCGAACACUAUGUGGCUAUAUUUAAUGUGAACGAACAACAGUUGAAAAAACAGCUGGAUGAGAUUACGGUCAUCAUUAAGGUGCGAGAGAACCUGAACGCCAAAGUCCCGAACACCAGCUCAGGAGACUUCAUUUGUACUGUUUACCUGGAGGAGAAGAGGGAAACAGCUGAGCAGCAUGUGAAGAUCCCUGCAACAAUGACUGCAGCCGAGCUUGUUGUGGAGAUUCUGGACCGACGGAAAAUCUCCCUCCGAGAGAAAGACUACUGGUGCUGCUUCGAGGUGAACGAGAAGGAAGAAACAGAACGUCCCCUGCACUAUCAGGAAAAAGUCCUGCCCAUCCUUCACUCACUGGGCACAGAAAGCUACCUGGUGGUACGGAAGCACUUCUCCAUGGAGGCCAUGCUUGUCUAUCUGGCCAGCAAAGUGGACGUCUCCAAACAUGGCAUGAUGAAGUUCCGUGAAGACCGGAACCUGCUCGGACUGGGCCUCAACACCGGCAGCUUCCACGACCGCUACUUCAUCCUCACCACCACCUCCCUCAGGCUCUAUAAGGAAGUGCGGAGUCUUCAAAAGCUACAGAGUCCUGAGCUACUGUGUAGCAACAGGCCAGAGAAGGAGUGGCCAGUCAAGUGCCUGAGGGUCUACCAGGGCAUCAAGAAGAAGCUGCGCCCUCCCACAUGCUGGGGGCUGACUGUGAUUUACGAAAACGAGAAACACGAAAAGCACGAGAGGCAGCAAUGGUACCUGUGCUGUGACACACAGAAUGAGAUGAGGGAGUGGUUUGCCACCUUUCUGAGCAUACAGCACGAGGGCAGCGUGUGGCCGGCGGAGACCAUAAAGAUGCGGGCGAGCCGGGUGGUGCCGCUGGAUGCCAGGUUGGGUAACGUGUCCCUAAUCCCACUGCGUGGCAGUGAGAACGAGAUGAGGAACAGCGUUGCUGCUUUCACUGCUGACCCGCUUGCUCUUUUCAGAAAUGUAUGAUAGUACAGCCUGACAUUAAGGGCAGUGACCAGCAGAGGGAAGCCUCGCGCAGGACAGCUACGUGAAGGCCAAGACCCGUUUCCUCGUAGAACAUUCCAGAACCUCCUGAUCACAGGGACAGACUAGCGCUUGUGUGGUUGCACACAUCCCUCCCCCUAUAAUCCAGUGGGAUCAGAAACACGGGACCACCACAGACGGUGCUGCGGCUCGGAGCCUUUUCUCCCCUUGGUCUGCCUCCUACAGGCCCGCUGGGUCCAGGGCCAGCCUGGCUGUGCGGCUAGGCUAGGGGCAUCUGUAGAAUCCCCCUGCCCCGUUCCCCUGACCACCCCCCUUUCUCCUUCAUACAUACCCCACGAGGACUUCUAGAGUGGUGCCUUCCCACCAUCUCAGGUGAACAUGCCCCCCCACCCCCUUCCCCACCCUGCACCACCCUCUGUCUUUGACAGAAUGUACCCUACCUGUUGGCUAACUGUCUAACUGAAAACGUGAGCCUGUCUCUGGACCUUACUGGAGCCAGUUUGUUAAGCCGAACACCUGACCCGUGCGGGCCUUGGUUGACCGGGGUUUAGCCGGGGACUGACCAUUACCAUUGUGGACUUUGUAAAGAACCGUCUCUCUGCUCUGCUGAGCUGAACUGUUUCCAUUCAGCUGCCUUUCAGCUCACCCAGCCUUUUAGAUGAUCUCAGUCAGACCAGACCUGUAACAUUUCAGACCAUUCCAAUUAAGGUUAUGACUUGCAGUAUUUUAAGAGGCUUGGCUGACUUUUCUAAAGGUGAGUAAUGUUUAUAGGUUUUGUUGUAAUUAAUUCAAAUAAACACUUAUGGUUGGCUCGGUAGAAGAGCCAACUGCUUCAGUAUUUGAUUGCGCCAGUUACUAAUUAUUAAGUUCUAAGUAAAUGUACAUUAUUUUGACAAAGGGUAGCUGACUUCACGUGUCUUCAUCCUCACCAGGUUUGCCCAAACCUGAUUUGCUUUUUGGCUUAAUGCAACAUUUUUAAAGACUUCUUUAAUUAUUUAUUGUGCAACAGCGAGAUUUCAAUCCUCCUCGUAGUAUGCCGUGAUGGAAUACCGUAUCAAAAUUUAAAAUAAAAUUUUAAAGAAAUCACUGUAGAAUUCACAGAGAAUGAAAUAAUUUCAGAUGUUGUCAGGACUGUAAGCUCUACGAAGGGAGAGUAGAAUCUGAAUCUAGUACAGGUUGUGUCUCCAUUGUAUGUUCCUCUGCAAACUAAUAAAUGUUAGAGUAAGAGAAAUGAAUAAUAAAUCCUUUCAAAGAUAAUUUUUCCAAGACAACUUGAAUGACACAUCUCUGGGUCCUGUUGCACAGGAGCCUGUGAUUUUUAUUAUUCUUACCGUUGUCUUCAUUAACAUUUUCGCAGUAUCAUUAUCCUCAUUAAAAUGUUCGAAAAGCA